AUGGCCACCACACCCACCAAGAGUGUGGAUGCCGGCGAGGCUGACGCUGGUCCGUUCUGCCCUUCGAUACCGGAGGCAGUCCUCUUCUCGGGAGCCUCCUUGAGGCGCCUUGGGAGCAAGCUCAGUGUGAGCAAUUUGUCUCCCAAGAGCCGCAAGGGCUCCCCUGAGAAGGGACUGGCGAGGCUAGGAGGUGGGCACGUGACCAGGUCGCCUCUGCCGUUGCGAGCAAGACGAGGCUCGCUCAAACCUCUCUCAAUCGUUACAACGGCGUUCCACCCUCUCGACUUCGACAUCAGCCGUGCCUUGGAAGCUGCCAGACAAACAGCUCUCCCUCCCUCUCCUUCUCCGUCCCCUCCCAAAAUGGCCCCUGACAAGCCCAGACAUCGUGCCAUCAUCGACAACAUGCAGAUGUUUGGCACGCAGGUUGAGCCGUUCCCUCCUGUUCCUUCCGCGAGGAUGAAACAGCCAGACGAUGAUCAAGAGACAAUCAGACCUGCUCGCCUCUAUUCGCAAUUCCCGCCAUUGGACACCAGGCAGCGUUCCAUGUCUUCCUCAACUGCACAGAGAUCGACCUUUGGUAUUGAGCGCAAUGAGAACAAUGAGAGAGUCAUCACCGGCAACUUCGCUUCCUUGCUCAACCUUCCCCCACCCGAUAUGAGCCAGCACCCGGCAUUCCAAGCCAAUCCUCAUCUAUCGACAAGCGAUGCGCCAUUGAUGGUCACUACUUCUACCGCGAAAGAGAUUCGGGAUUGGGCAAAGCAGAAGCGCGAGUACGAGGCAGGGCAAGGCCUUCGUCCCAUAACCAAUUCCAAUCCACGCCCUAUUGCUGGCAAUGCCUUUGCUCAAGCUGCUUAUGCCCCAGUCGCCCCUACUCCUUUCACCACGCCUGACCGUCCAGCUCAACCUCGGGGCAUUCGCAUGAACCAGACAGCGAGUCCUUUCUGGAAAGACAAUAGCGCCAGCAAUGUCAAUCUUCCUCGUACCCCCGGACACAAGAGUACGGAGAACACUGGGCUGAGAAGCAAGAUGUCCCGUCUCAACAUCGAUCGAGCCAACACCGAUGCCGACAUCUUUGACAUCCUCGCUGAAGGUUCACCUUCCAGCAAGAAAGUGUCUCAACCACCGAAAACUCCCGUUGAUAGCGUGCACGGCAUCCCAAUGAUAAGCGAGUUUGAACCUCGAAAGACCGGUCUACGCAAAAUGUCUGCGAUGUUUAAGCCGAAGCUGACUAUUGACAAGAAUGCAUCAGACCUGAGUCAAGUGGAACCUCCCAACGCGGAUGGCAGCAACUGGUAUCGACCUGAUCUUGAACUCUACCUCCGUCGCACCUUGAAUGCCUGGUCACGAGACUACAACGAGGGAGAUCCAAAGCCAAGACAUCCAAACACUGGUAACGGUUGGUACUCCCGCAACCUCAAAUGCACCACAUGCAUGGAAGAUUGCUGUCCGGUCUGUAAGCGAGCUUGCUGCGCGUACAAAGCUGCUGUUCUAGCACUACAGAACCAUAAGGACAACCCACAAGCUUUCAAAGUCGCUGACGAUCGAAUGCACCAAAUCACCACUCUUUACCCGUACGGAAAGGAAGUGCCCACAUUCCUUCAGUGCACCAUGGGAGACGAAACAGGCUGUGGCAAGAUGGUCUGCCCCGACUGUUGUGGCCAAUGCCCCAAUGAGAUCUGCCGCGAUAUCCAAUGCCGUAAAUGCAAGAAAGACCCUUGGUCUGAUUGUCUUUGGCAUGAUGAAGAGGCCAAUUCAAGAGCUUUGUAA